UAUUAAUAUAAUCAUAUUAGUAUGUUAAUGACGGAAGAAAAGGGAGCAUACAUAGUUAAAUAUGAUAAAUUGCUAGGAAGUGGAUCGUUUGGAAAGGCAUAUAUCUGUUAUAAAAAGAAUAAUCCUCAAGAAGAAUUUUGCAUGAAAAUAAUUAAAAAAUCAGAAUUAAAUGAUCCAUAAGGAGAAGAGAAUAAAAAGAAGUAAUUAUAGGCUGAAAUUAAUGUUGUUUAAGAUUUAAAACAUACUGAUAGCGAAAAUUUGGUUAAAUUGAUUGAUUUUUUGGAUUUAGAAUAAGAAUUAUGUAUAAUAAUGGAAUUGUGUGAUUAUGAUUUAUCUUAAGAGUAUAAAGAAUUAAAAAAAAAAUAAUAAUGGUUUUCAAGAUCUGAAUAGAUUGAAAUAAUUAAAUAAAUUCUGAAAGGAGCCAAAGUAUUGAUUCAAAAUAAAUUUGUUCACAGAGAUAUUAAACCCUAAAAUAUACUUGUGAAAAUAGCUAAUAAAGGAUUACCCAAUCAAAGAAAAAUUUAUAAAGUUUUUAUUUACUCAUACUUAUUAGUUAGCUGAUUUUGGUUUUACAAGACCAUUAGACGAUAUUUACAAAAAAAGUGAAUUGACUAGAGUUGGUACUUAUGUCUAUUGUGCUCCAGAAAUUAUUAAAAAUUUUAAAUUUUCAGCUAAGUGUGAUAUUUUCUCUUACGGAGUUGUAUUUCAUUAACUUGUUUUUAAUGGGAGUUUUCCUGAUGAUUAUAAAAACUAAAUUCAAAUGAAUGAAUUUAUAAGAAAAAUAGAAAAUAAUCCUUAUUAGUGCUAAAAAUUAUAAGGUAAAUAUGGAGAUAUCCUUACAAAUUUAAUUGAGAAAAUGUUACUUUUUAAUUAAGAUCAUAGAAUUACCUUUGAAAAUUUAUUAUCUCAUGAAAUAGUAACAAUGCCAUCUCCAAUUUUGGCAGAUUCUCUUUUCUUAGAGAUAGACAGAAAAUUUGAAAAAGAGGAUCUACAAAAAUUAUAGAGUGAAAAUUAAUAAAGUAAAUAUGAUAAGAUAUAUACUAUGAUUGAUAUCUUUUAUAGAAAAUAUCUACUUUGUUAGUCAGUUAUAAAUUAUAUUAAUUAAGAAAUUUUUAUUUUCAACCCAGAAUUUUCAAUGAUUAAAUAAUUAAUUGGCAUGAUAGGUUUAGAAGAAAUUAAGUUUGCCUUUGCUAUGCUUUUUAUUAUAGUAUCUGACUUUUAGUCUUUUAUUAAAGAUAAACAUGAUAUUCCUCAUCUUAUUGAAAUUCUGAAAAAUUACCUUGAAUAUUCUAAAUAAAGCUAAAAAGAUAAAAACCUUCAUCAAAAGAUUUUAAAAUGCUUUUACAAACAUUCAAAAGAAAUGUAAGAGAGUUAUAAUUCUCUGACUCUUAAUCUAAAAAAAGAAGGAAGCAUAAAUAAAUUUAAAGAAUAAAUCAAUUUUUUUGAAGAAGCACUAUAAUAAAAAAUUGAAAUUCAAAGAUACUGCCAUACUUUGGAAGAAUAUCUUAAUAAUUAAAAAAUCAACCUUCAAAUUUAAAAAUUCGAUUAGUAAUAAACUUAUUUAUAUUAAUUUAGAAAAAUUCAAUAGAGUAUUCAAAAUAUUAUGAAAAUUGAGACCAAAUUUGAAAUUGAAAAGUAUUAUUUUUUAAAUCCUGAAGAGAUUUUUGAGAUCUAAAAUAAAUGA